CGACUCCCGGUUUCCUGUCCCUCUCCCCUCCCAGCUCCCGGCGCCUGCGGUAGCGGCAAGAUGGCGGACCGUGGCUGUUUGGCGGAACCCGAGGCUGCCGGAGCGUCUCUUGCGCUUGUACUCGGCCUAAACCCGAUUCUGGGCUUCAGGGAGCGACUGCGGGCCGGAUUGGCGGGGACUGGGGCCUCGUUGUGGUUCGUGGCGGGACCGGGACUGCUUUACGCUCUGAUCCCUUUGAGGCUGUGUGAGAAUUUGGCAGCGGUGACUGUACUUUUAAAUUCACUGACACCCAAAUUCUAUGUGGCACUUACAGGGACAUCUUCAUUGAUAUCAGGAUUAAUAUUUAUAUUUGAAUGGUGAUACUUCCAUAAGCAUGGCCGAUUUUUUAUUGAGCAAGUAUCUGUAAGCCAUUUGCGACUACUGAUGGGAGGAACAGAACACAGCAUUUCAGAACCAGGUUCUCCUUCCAGGAACAGAGAAGGUAAAACCAGCAGACAGAAUUUGUCAGAAUGUAAGGUGUGGAGAAACCCUCUAAAUCUUUUCGGAGGAGCAGAAUAUAGAAGAUACACUUGGGUGACUGGUAAAGAGCCACUUACAUACUAUGACAUGAACUUGUCAGCUCAGGACCUUCAGACCUUUUUCACCUGUGACACAGAUUUUUUACGUCCUUCAGAUACAGUUAUGCAGAAGGCAUGGAGGGAAAGAAAUCCUCCAGCUUGAAUCAAAGCAGCCUAUCAAGCUUUAGAAUUAAACAAUGACUGUGCCACUGCAUACAUUCUACUGGCUGAGGCAGAAGCAACAACUAUUGUAGAUGCUGAAAGGUUAUUUAAACAGGCACUCGAGGCAGGAGAAACAAUUUAUAGGCGGCCACAGCAAUGCCAGCACCAAAGUCCUCAGCAUGAAGCUCAACUGAGGAGAGAUACCAAUGUACUGGUAUAUAUUAAAAGAAGAUUGGCAAUGUGUGCAAGAAAAUUAGGAAGAAUAAGAGAAGCAGUAAAAAUAAUGAGAAAUUUGAUGAAAGAAUUUCCUCCUCUUACCAUGUUGAACAUCCAUGAAAAUCUCUUAGAAUCACUUUUAGAAUUACAGGCCUAUGCAGAUGUUCAGGCAGUCCUAGCAAAAUAUGAUGAUAUAAGCCUUCCAAAGUCAGCAGCAAUCUGUUACACAGCAGCACUGUUGAAGACAAGGACAGUUUCAGAUAAAUUCUCUCCAGAAACAGCCUCCAAAAGAGGGUUAAGCACAGCAGAAAUUAAUGCCGUGGAAGCAAUUCAUAGAGCUGUGGAAUUUAAUCCCCAUGUUCCAAAAUAUUUAUUAGAGAUGAAAAGUUUAAUUUUACCUCCAGAAUACAUCCUGAAACGGGGUGAUAGUGAAGCAAUUGCUUAUGCUUUCUCUCAUCUUCAGCACUGGAAGCAAAUAGAAGGUGCUCUUAAUCUGUUACAGUGUACCUGGGAAGGCACUUUUAGAAUGACUCCACAAUCAGAGAAAGGACAUCUAUUUCACCCUUACCCUAGCUGCACAGAGACGACUGAUAGAGAGCUAUUACCUCCUUUUCAUCAUGUUUCUGUUUACCCAAAGAGGGAGCUUCCUUUGUUCAUCCAUUUCACAGCAGGAUUUUGCUCUUCUACAGCAAUGAUAGCCAUCCUCACACACCAGUUUCCUGAAAUCAUGGGUAUUUUUGUUAAAGCUGUAAGUAUGAUCUCAAGGACUUGUGUAGAUUAUUUCUAAAACACACAAGAAACCAUCUCUGAUCUGCUUAUGCUAACCCAGCUGAGCAGUGGAAGAUAUUUGUUGUAAAUUAAAGGAAUUGAUAUGUAAAGUUGCUGCCAUAACUAUGUCAAACAUAAAUUUUCGUGAUUUGAACUACUUCUGCUGCUUAAAAGUUUAAAAAAUACAAUAUAAGAUUAUAACAAUAUAACAUUAUAAAGUUUGCUCUUAUAGAUCACUUUGGUGAUAAACAGCCUGUGUUACUAUCUUUGGUAUUUUUUUUAAUUCCCUAUUUUGUAAACAAACCCUUUGAUGUUUUUCAUUUAAAUGAAAUCAUUAGUUCUCAGGAUUUGCUGAACUUUAAAGUCAAGAGCACAAGGAUAGAUAAUAAGUACCUGAGGCAGGGGACGGAUGAGACAUUUGUCCCUAGGAACAGAAUGUGCCUAUGUCUCAAAGGUUCUCCAAGUUAUUGUGUGUGCUUGUUCUUACUAACCUUCCCCAGACAUGGAUUACAACCAUGUAUAGAUCUUUAUUUUCAUUUUUACCCUUUAGUUUUGAACUGCUUCGCCAUUUCCUGAAUCAGUUAAUACUUGAGGACUGACAUUAGAGCGGGUAUCCCAUCACUAUUUACUCUUUGUAUUUUUGAGACAAGGUCUUGCUCUGUCACCCAGGCUAGAGUGUAGUGAUGCG